AUGCGAAUCCGGCAUCGUCGAUUGCGCUCUGGUAUCCGACAGUUGAAUGAUUGUUGUUAUCAAUCGGUUUUCUGCUAACGNGGUUUAAUUAUUCCUGGUUUUGAAUGUUAUUUUCAACGUGAUGAUGAUGAUGAAUUAUAUUCAGAUUGGUACAAUGAUGGUGAACAAACCGAAUCGGAUGAUGCUAAAAUUGAUAAUAAUGUGCCAUUGGAUGUUCAAGAUGUUGUUAAACAAUUUCUUGAUCCAAUUGCUGUUGAUGAUGAAUCAUUUCGCUUGCCAUGUUACGCCCAUUCUAUUCAAUUAGUUAUUAAAGAUGGUUUAAAGGUUUCAACUUGUGUUGAGCCAUCAUUAAAAAAAAUUUCAAAAAUAGCCAAGCUAUCUCAUUCUUCAACAGCAGUAAAAGAACGUCUUGAAAAUAUUCAAGUAUGUGUUCCAAAUGCCAAUAAAACUCGUUGGAAUUCACAAUAUGAUAUGGUUGGAACUGUAAUUGAUUAUCAAAUGCUAAAUGAAUUUGUUUCUUUAUUAACACUUUUUGCUGAAGCUACAACUACCACACACGCCCAGCAUGUUCCUUCUAUUUCAAUAGUAGCACCUUCAAUUUUAGCUAUUUAUCAGGAUCUUUUACUUGAACGAGCAAACGUUAAACAUGCAUCAAGUUUAUGUGGAUGUUUAUUAGAACCACUUUUAUCUCGUUUUGGUGUUAAUGCACCACUUGGAACAUCAGAAAAUGAUAAUCCAAUGUUAAGUCCAAUAGCACAAACACAAUUAUUAUCUGCUAGUGCUGCAGCAAGUCCAAUUACACCAAAAUGA